AUGUCGGAACCAAUCCGCAAUAAAAGACUUGACCUGCAGCCUGCGCCGACACCUCAGAAUACUCCUGCAAAUAAUGCCCCUAUAUCUUCUCACGCGCAGCAGCCGGGCGUGUCUAGUAUCUCGGAAGAAGAUUUUGACCGCACCGCAGCCGCGUCUAUCUUCGCACAAAACCCCAAAUUAGUCUCUAUGAUUCAGGGGAAACUUGGAUCGCUUGUGGGCCGCUCUUCUGGUUACAUUGAGUCGCUUCCUGCACCAGUCCGCCGUCGCGUCGCUGGAUUGAAGGGAGUUCAGAAGGAGCACUCCAAGUUGGAAGCCGCCUUUCAAGAGGAAGUUCUUCAACUUGAAAAGAAGUACUUUGCAAAAUUCACACCGCUCUAUGAAAAACGCUCCAAGAUCGUUAAUGGAUUGGAGGAACCUACUUCUGAAGAGGUGCAGGCUGGUGAAGAAGGAGACGAAGAACUGGAGAAACAUGUCGGCUCAACAGACGAGAAGAAUGAGGAAGCUUCGGAGGCUGUGGCCGGAAUUCCAGAAUUCUGGCUGUCAUCUAUGAAGAAUCAAAUCUCACUUGCCGAGAUGAUCACGGACCGGGACGAGGCAGCUCUCAAAUACCUCAUUGACGUGCGCAUGGAGUAUUUAGACCGCCCGGGUUUCCGCCUGAUCUUUGAGUUUUCGCCAAACGAAUUUUUCGCAAACAAGACUAUCAGCAAGACCUAUUUUUACCAGGAGGAAAGUGGAUAUGGUGGUGAUUUCAUUUACGAUCACGCCGAAGGCGAUAAGAUCGACUGGAAGACCGGAAAAGACCUCACGGUUCGGAUAGAGAGUAAGAAGCAAAGAAACAAGAAUACAAAGCAGACGCGUGUCGUCAAAAAGACUGUUCCGACGGAAUCUUUCUUUAACUUCUUCUCCCCCCCCAAAGCUCCUACUGAGGAUGACGAUGAUGCCGCUUCGGAUAUUGAAGAGCGUUUGGAGCUAGACUACCAACUUGGAGAGGACAUCAAAGAGAAGCUCAUUCCCCGAGCGAUUGACUGGUUUACCGGGGAGGCCUUGCAAUUCGAAGAAUUGGAUGAGGAUGUGGAUGAUGGUGAGUUUGAGGACGAGGAUGAUGAGGAGGAUGACCUCAGCGAAGAUCGUGACGAGGAUGAUGAGUCCGAAGAUGAGGAUGACAAUUCUAAGCCAAAGCAAGAAGCUGCUGAGUGCAAGCAAAGUUAA